AGAUAACCUCCGCUGAACAUGGAGCCAUCCCUCUUUCUGUUGCCACUCUGUGCUCCUAAUUACUUCUGAAUUCCGUAGACAGCACCAUUUUAUUUCUGCAUGACCGGCAGUUAACAGAGCUUCGCAACUCCUCAUCCAUGGCAUCAACCAUGCCGUUCUCCGCUGGCCUCGUUUCUCUUGGGUCUCCGCCGCCGCAGCGCCACAGCUGCAGGUUCCAGCGAUAUCAUCGACCGGGCACUCUCAUUUCAUCAGCUAUAAGGCAUGGUCAGGUUAAAGCUAUGGCUGGAGUGAGCAUGGAUGGCUUGGCACAGCCUCAAGCCCCAGUUGCAGUGGUUACCGGAGCAUCGAGGGGGAUUGGGCGAGCGAUAGCUGUGGCUCUUGGCAAAGCAGGGUGCAAGGUAGUUGUGAACUAUGCCAAGUCAGGCAUGGAAGCUGAAGAAGUGUGCAGAGAGAUCAUGGAGUCCGGUGGCACUGCCAUCUCCUUUUCAGCCGAUGUCUCCAUUGAAGCCGAGGUUGAAACCAUGAUGAGAGCGGUAAUUGAUACUUGGGGAACGCUGGACGUGAUGGUGAACAAUGCAGGGAUCACGCGAGAUGCUCUGCUAAUGCGGAUGAAGAAGGCGCAGUGGCAGGAAGUAGUGGACGUAAACCUUACCGGUGUUUACCUCUGCGCCCAGGUGAGAUGUGCUGUUCACUUGGCCUCCGUAAUGGGCAUCAAAUAUGCUUUAAAAAUCUUGUUUCAGGCUGCGGCGGCAGUGAUGAUGAAGAGGAAGAAGGGAAGAAUCAUCAACAUCGCCUCAGUUGCCGGGAUGAUCGGCAACAUUGGCCAGGCCAACUACUGCGCCGCCAAGGCCGGGGUGAUUGGAUUGACCAAGGCCAUGGCCCGGGAAUACGGUGGCAGAAACAUAAAUGUGAAUGCAGUUUCCCCGGGCUGGGUCGCGUCUGACAUGACCGCAAAACUAGGCGACGACAUCGAACGAAAGGCGCUCGAGACAAUACCACUAGGACGAUUCGGCAAGCCAGAGGAGAUUGCUGGACUGGUGGAGUUCUUGGCUGUUCAUCCGGCUGCAAGCUACAUGACCGGGCAGGUGCUCCCAGUUGAUGGUGGCCUGUCCAUUUGAGUGUUACUGAAACCGAACCUAAGCGAGAUGUGGAAACGUAAAUUUUCCAAUGAGAAACAAGGUUGUGUCACACAAAAUUAAGCACAAGAGGGCUCCAUGCCUUUGCGUCAGGCUUGUGGCGUACGGAGUGCCUACUCAUGUGUUCUUUACUGGGAGGUUGGAGAAAGUUAUAGUCUGGAUGGAAAUUCAGUAGUAUGUAUUGCCCAUAGCGUAUACUCGAUCAUUUGGUUCAACCGAAAGUACCAGAAAAAUAACCAAAGUUAACGAAUGUAUAUCCAAGAUGUAUUGUACAAGUCCGCCAAAUGUAAUGUUUUGGCUGUCCUUCGUCUUCGACA